AUGUUCGGUAUUUCAUAUGGAGAGCUCUUCCUCUUGAUUGGAGCCACAGCUGGUCUAGUCGGACCAAAGGAUUUGCCUGGAAUUGCUAGAACAGCAGGGAGGUUAGCGGGUCAGUCAAUCGGGUAUGUUCAGUUAGCUAGAGGCCAAUUCGAUAAUGUUAUGCAGCAGUCUCAAGCCCGCCAGGUUCAUAAAGAACUUCAAGAUGCAUUCACUCAACUAGAGUCGAUUCGUUAUGAAGUCCGGUGUAUAUCACUUAUGAAUCCUGGUCCUAUGGCUAGAAGGCUGAUGGAUAAUCCUCAAGACCUGGCUUCUUUGAGUGAUGGGGCCAACAGUUCACUUGAGAAGCCCAAGGAGGAGCUGAAGUCAAGAAAUACUGUGGUGAAGGAUGAUACUUUCAGAACCUCAGACUCACCUAAUUUGCAUAGCCAAGCAACUGUGUAUGCAAAGUUGGCUGAAUUUGAUGCUGUGAAGACUGGCUCUUUGAAGAGCAGUGCAGAGCAAGAAAACCUUAAAAGAUGA